AGUCGGCGUGGUUCACGUAAAUGGUCGCCGUCGAUCCGUUGCUUUCGCGGGGCAGGAUCACAUCGAGAGAGUGAUCGCUAUCGGGUGUGGCCGAGUCGUCGACUAAUACCACAUUACUGUAUGUCUCAAAAUUCAAAGAUUCUGGGAGUGAGUACGUACGCUUGCGUUGAUAAGUUGAAUGGUAAGUACGUGCUGUGGUGGUAGCUGGUUAAUUACGAAUCCAAAUUAUUUGAUGAGAUUCCAUGGUUCGUUUGGUUCGAUUACAUCAUCGUGUAAUUUUUCUUCUCCUCUUGUAUAUAUAUAUGAGCACUGGCCGUUCUCUGCAUUUCCCGGGACAAGUCGAGAGCUUGUAGUGAGUUAGCUGGGUUUCUUUGGUUGUGCGUGCGUGCUCUGGUUUUUUUUGUGCCUCGGCUUGGCUGGUUCUUGCAUGGCCGCAGGGGCAGCUGCCGCGCGCGGCGUGCUCCGCUCUGCAUGGGCCAGCUGCUCGCCGUCCGGCCGAGCGCCCUGACGCCGGCGGCCGUGACGCGGGCCGUUUGAGCGAGCGUCGCCCCGGGGGUGCGGUGGCUGUGGUCGUGGUUGACUGGUUGUUGGAUUGGCGGAUCGAGCUCGCGCGCGAUGCCUCCUCUGGUGCCGCACGUCGAGAAGGGUGGCUGCGCCGGCGGUGGCCGGCACGGGAAGCAGGAGGCGGCGGCGAGCGGGCAGCUGCAGCGGGGGCUCCCGGGGCAGCGGCCGGCGUCGUUCCACGGGCGGGGCACGGAGCCACGGCACCAGCUGGCGAAGCAGAGGCCCAAGACGGAACCGGACCUGCUCGCCGGCGUGAGGGGGAGGGCGAGAUUCGACCCCGCCGCGGCCGGCGGCGAGCUGGAGCCGCCGGAGGCCGACAGGAGGAGGACGCCGAGCAAGGUGCUGGUGAGCGUGGCGGUGCAGCGGAGCCUGUGGCCGCUGCACGUCAUGGCGUCGGCGGAGUGGAGCGUGGCCGACAUGGUGGCCGCCGCCGUGAGGCUGUACGUCAAGGAAGGCCGCCGGCCGCUGCUGCCGUCCACUGACCCGUCGGACUUCGGACUCCACUUCUCGCAGUUCAGCUUAGAGGGUUUGGACCCAAGGGAGAAGGUGAUGGAACUGGGUUCCAGGAGCUUCUUCCUCUGCCUAAAACCUCCAGCAACUGUACAUGCUCCUUCACCCUCUUGCUCCUCUGAUGGAGCAAGCAGGGUCAGGGACAGGGAAGCUCCUGCAAGAGCAGGAGCAGGGCCGGCUUGGGCGAGCUACAUGCAGUUCUGGCCGAUGAUGUAGUAGCAGUAGAGGGUAGCUAAACCUGUUAUCAUAUACAGACUGUCUAUUUGUAUCCUAGAUUGUUCAGAAUUGUCCAUGUUCCCCAGCUUGUGCUGUACAAUUGUAACUCUUUGCUUUCAGGCUCAAAAUUUCCGGUGUCUCUGAAAAUUACAUAUGGUCCAGAUGAAUAACCAAACUGAUUAUUCAUCUUGGUGGCAAUUGGCAGUAAUACAUCUUCUGAAGAAGACUAGAUAUGUAAGCUCCUUUGGAAAUCAGGAAUUUUGCAUGAUUUUCGUAGGAUUUAGUUCAUUUCCUCUAAAAUUCCUGCAAAAAUCUCUCCCGUCGCCAGGAGGCCGUAGUGUGUGUAUAUCCUGUGCAACCAUGUUGUGUUUGUAAUAUCCUUUUAGGUGCAAAAUUGUUUCGCCCACGCUACAGUGCCAGAAUCAGAAAUGUUGAAUGGAUUUUUGGCAUGAUCAAGACAGUUUUGAAGGCUUCUUUUGUAUCUGUAACUAAUUUUUGGAAGCAAGCAAAGGAUAAGGACUGUGGCACGUGGAUUAUUA